AUGGAACUUGACGAGGCAUCCACAGCUGACGGCUAUUAUGAUCGAAUCAAGGCUAUUUGUGGACAAAUCAGGGUCAAAGUUUUCGAAGCACUUCAAUGGCUUAGACAGAAUAAUGCUCUAUCUCGUAAUGUUACAAUUAAUCAAUUAAUAAUCAGCAAAUUACCUGAAGAUGAUGUACCGGAGUGUUUAUGGGCAACCAUGGAAGUUUCUACUAAUGUAGAAGCAGCUGAAAAUGAAAGAGCAAGUUACCUUCCUGAUCCGUUGACCAAUGCAUCUGAAUUUAACAAUACAACAGCUAUACCUAUAAUCUCAAGGUAA